UCUAGAUAACCCGGCAAAGGGCGCUCAUCUGCGGACCUGCGCAGCCCCGUAAAUUACGGUUAUCGGUCCCCCUUCGUGACCUGACACCUGCUUGUAAGCUGGAAAACGCGGCAGGUGGAGCUGGCUGAUAGAAAGGACGGUGGAAACUCGGGCAGUAGGUCUGACUCAGACUUUCACUUUCACUACACAAUGGAGACGGCGGAUUAUCGAUGUGAAAAAUGUGGCCAGAGCUUUUCGGACGGAGGCGUGUUUGCCUCUCACUCCUGUUCACAAAGACAACUACGUCCAUCCAGUAAAGCGCAGCUGAGCAGCUUCAAGUGUUCUCAGUGCAGCGAGGUCUUUUCCAAGCCAGCUGCUGUGAAACACCACUUUAAAACCUGCCACAGUGAUCCUGAUCUGACAGGCCCGUUCUCCUGCUCUGAGCAAGGCUGCCAGUUCAGCAGCUCAGACCAUCAGGAGUAUCGAGACCACGUAAUGUCCACACAUGGCCUCACUCUCAUUCCCUGCACCUACCGGGCCUGUAAAGUGUCGUUUCUCACACAGGAUGAGAUGGAAAGCCAUCGGAGGGGCCACAUGCCUUUUGGCUGCUUUCACUGCCAAUUCAUCUCUCAAAAUGCUAAAACCCUGACUGAUCAUCUCUUGGAGCACAAACAUCUGACAAAUAAUGCUCAAGGGAACGAGCAGGAGCUGACAAAGAUGUGCUCUAAUGGAAGCCGCUUACCUGAGGCCUCCAGGAUGUCAGAAAGAAAAAAUACAGCUUGUGGGUUGUCGUCAACACAAAGUGGGCGGGCGGAAGAGCCGGAGAGGCUGGAGGGCAUGAAAGACGCCGCUUCAGCAGGAGAUGCUACACCUGUGCCAUCCAAAGAGUACCUUGCAGAGGGAUCGGAGCACAUUUAUCGCACCCACACCUGCCCUAAGUGUCGUCGCUGCUUCAAGAUGCGCUCCCACCUUCAGGAGCACCUUCGUCUGCAUUUCCCUGACCCGAGCCUCCAGUGUCCCACCUGCCAACGUUACUUCACCAGCAAGAGCAAGCUGCGGGUACACAGGCUCCGAGAGGCUGGCAAGAAGAUCCACCAGUGCCACUUGUGCGAGUAUUCUGCUGUGGAGAGGAGCUCAAUCCGCCGCCAUCUAGUUAGCGUGCACGCUCAGAAUGGUGAAAACGGUCACAGCUACACGUGCCCCACCUGCAGCGGACACUUUCACCUCAGCAGCGCGCUGAAGGCUCACAUGAAGACGCACAACACAUUGUCAGACAACAAACCCUUGGUCUGUUUCCAAGAGGGUUGUUCUUUCCAGAGUUCUCAGCACAAAGACCUCAUUAGACACGCUGCUGAGGUGCACGGGGUCAGAGCAGUGGAGUGCCGUCAUCACGCCUGCAGCACCGUCUUUAAAAGCGAGACAGACAUGGAGGACCACUAUCGGACACACCUCGCCUACCACUGCUCCGAGUGCAGUUUCUCUUGCUCCAAUAAAACCGUUUUCCUCCAGCACCAGCGGCUCGGUCACGCCGGGCCCGAAGAGCUCAGCUGUGACUUCUGCUCCUUUGUCACGUUUAACCCCGUGGAGUUCGAGCAGCAUCUCGGACAUUUGCACGCCAACGAGAAGAUCCAUCGCUGCCCUCAGUGCAGCUACGUGACCUCGCAUAAACGGGGUUUGAAGCGUCACAUGCUCAUGCACAGUGGUGAGAAGCCCCACAAGUGCAGCCUGUGUAGCUUCAGGUGCCGAGAUGAGUCCUACCUCUCUAAACACAUGCUCACUCACUCAGAUGAUAAGAACUUCAUGUGUGCUGAAUGCGGAUACGUCACCAAAUGGAAGCACUACCUUAAUGUUCACAUGAGGAAACAUGCUGGGGACCUCAGGUAUUCCUGUGAUCAGUGCCCGUAUCGCUGUCACCGCGUGGACCAGUUAAACAGCCACAAAUUACGGCAUCAAGCCAAAUCACUCAUGUGUGAGAUCUGCGCUUACGCUUGCAAGCGCAAAUAUGAGCUUCGCAACCAUAUGUUGGCCAAACACUCUGGAGAGGACAGACAGUCGGCCGUGUUCAAGUGCAAAUACUGCACGUACACCACCGGCUACCGUCAGGCGCUUCAAAACCACGAGAACUGCAAACACACCAAGCUCAAAGAGUUUCGCUGCGCCCUCUGCUUCUACUCGUCCUUCAGCAGCAUCAGCCUCUUCCUUCACAAGAGGAAAACCCACGGGUACGUGCCCGGGGACAAAGCGUGGCUGGAGAACUACGCUGCAAAAGAGAAGGAGAGGAACUCAGCUGAAUUCAUGCAGGAUUUUUACAAUAAGCCUUCAGUUACUCACAAGCAGCCUGAAGGACCUCCACCUUCUGCUGCUUCUGAAGCGCAAAGUGAGCAACUCCUGCCCGAUCACGAUGGCAGCGCAGAAACUCCCCCCGCUUCACAACCUGGUGUUUUUGAUGAUGUUUCUCAGGAGGCCAUUACAGACAGUCCUCCUCCUGUCGACAGUCCCGAGGAAUACUGCACUCUCGUUUUAACGACACUGUCCACCUCUGACUUUCAAACCCCGUCUUUACAAAAUGAAGAUGAAAACUGUGCAAGCACUCCAACUUUAGAUUCUAACGGGCCUGAGACGUCACAGGAAAAAGCAGACUGCUCUAGAAGCUCAUCAGAGGAGCAUGAUGAUUUACAUGACAGCUAUGAGCCUCUGAGUAAUACAGCUGAACCUGUUGAGCCAGGAGAGUGUCAGGCAUCUGACAAAAAUGUUGAAACACUCAGUUCCACUUUUCCAUCUGAGCAAAGCCAGCCUUUACAGUCUGAGGAGCGUUUGAACGCUAUGAAAAAGUACGACAAGGACCAAGCAGAGGCCAUGGUUUUAGAGGGGCGGGUUCAGAUGCUCGUGGUGCCAACUGAAGGUGUUUACCGCUGUGAGAAAUGCUCUUAUGUAACCUGCAGAGAGAGCGCGUUGAGGCACCACCGCCAAGCUCUGUGCCACAGCAGGAUGAAGGGCCACAUGUGCCAGGCCUGCGGUGCCCAGUUCAAACAGAGGCGAGGUCUUGAUAGCCACCUUAGAAGUAAGUGCCCAGCCCUGCCACGGAAAACAAGAACAUUUGUAGGUAUUUCAGAUGCAUGUGUGGAGAGCUCUGCUGUAGGUCAGGAAGGAUCCAAGCAGCUGGGUGAAGGAAUGCAUUCAGAUCAGACGGAGCUUUCCGCUGAUCCUGAGUGCACGUCUCAGUUUAAGACCGUUCUCGAGGAUGAUGCUGCCACAUCCACAAACCAGCAAAGCAAAAUUCACACAAAUAAGCUUAUGCAAAAAACAGACGCUUCAAGUAACAAACUCAUAAAUGUUUCACUGCAGCCCAAGUCCCUUUACACUAGAAAAGGUGAGAAAUUCAGAUGCAAGCUGUGCAGUUUUUCAUCAGUCAGGCUCAUAACAGUCAAACGGCACCUUCCAACCUGCAGGAGAAGAUUCAGGAAACAAGAGAAUCAGAGCAUUUCAGAAGCAGAUGACGAAGAUGGUAAUGGGUCAGCUAAAGAAAGAAAAGAGCUGUUGGAGAAACCCGAUGAAGACCUCGUGGAAGCUCCUAAGAAACGUCAAAGUUUUGGCUGUCCAAGCUGUGCAUUUAAGUGCAGUCAGAAAAGAGCCUUGGACAGCCAUGAAAGGAAAGGCUGCAUGAGGCCCGGUGAAGUCCAGUGCUCUGUUUGUUCAUUUGUAACCAAAUCUAAAGUUUCUUUGACCCGGCACAUUUUGUACGCUCAUAACAAGGAAAAGUUCAGCGCCUCCAAAUCCAAACGUUUGCACUGCCAGCACUGCACUUUCAGCUGCAAACAGCAGCGCUGCAUGACGCAGCACGUUGCAUUCAAACACAAAGGUGCACGACCUCACCGCUGCCAUUACUGCUCCUUCAGCACCACGCGGCGCUACCGCUUGGAAGAGCACGAGUCUCUGCACACGGGAGUCGGCCGUCACCGCUGCGACGUGUGUGAUAAAACCUUUGGGGCUGUGACCAAAUUGCGCCAGCACAAGAGGCGGAUUCACGACAAACAGCCUACGCACUUCUGCUCGUCGUGCGACUUCAGCAGCUACACACUUGACGACGUGAGACGGCACAACCUCAGGUGCCACACGGGGGAGCUGCAGCACGUUUGCACUCACUGUGACGCUCAGUUUAGUUCAGAGGUUGCUUUGAGAAACCACUGCAAACGCGUGCACCAGCUCCAGGUGUGUUUCUCAUGCAAGCAGUGCGACUACACGUGCAGCAGCGACGUCACGCUGAGGGCCCACCAGCAGAGCAAGCAUCCCCAAGUGAAAUGCACCACCUGCCAGGAGUCCUUUGAAUCUAAGGAGAGCCUCGAGCUUCAUCAGAGAGCUCACCUGGCACAUCAGUGUCACGUGUGUCCCUUUGCUACCAAAACGAGGCAGCUGCUGGCCCAGCACCUGCUGAACGAACAUGAGGAGGGACCUCUGGAGGACAAGCCGCUGAAGUGCAGCACCUGUCAGUUUGCUUGUCACCAUCAGCUGGUCCUGGAACAGCACCUCCGCUCACAUGGAACCAAGCGUCUGUAUAAAUGCACCGACUGCGAGUACUCAACCCGGAACAAGCAGAAGAUCACGUGGCACAUCCGCAUCCACACCGGGGAGAAGCCGUACAGCUGUGAGGAGUGCAGUUACACCUGCACAGAUCCAUCGAGGCUGAAGCUUCACAUGAGGGUUCACCAAGAAGAGAAGAAGUACCUUUGUCCUGAGUGUGGCUACAAAUGCAAGUGGGCGACUCAGCUGAAGUAUCACAUGACCAAGCACACAGGAGAGAAGCCGUACGCCUGUGACGAGUGCGACUACCGCACCAACAGAGCAGACGCCCUCCGCGCACACCGCGACACGCAGCACUGCGACGCGCGCCCGUACGUCUGCGAGAAGUGCGGCAAAACCUUCAAGACUAGCUUCAUCCUGAAGACCCACCAGCGACAGCACAGCGACGACCGGCCGUACGCGUGCGGGCUGUGCCAAAAGGCCUUCAGGUGGCCGGCGGGUCUCAGACAUCACUACCUGACGCACACCAAGCAGCAACCUUUCAGCUGUCGCCACUGCUCCUACAGAGCCAAGCAGAAGUUCCAGGUGGUCAAGCAUCUGCAGAGGCAUCAUCCAGAGAUGCCAGCAGACAAAGGUGUGGUGAGAGACUCUGAAGCUGGAGGCCUCACCCUGAAGGAGGCUCUGCAGGGCACUCUGGAUAAAAGAGCAGAAGAAGAAACGGCCAGUGAGCUGCUGCUUCUUCCAGCCAGUGAGGUACAGGAAGUGGCUGAAGAGGUCAAUGCAAGAAUAAACCCUGAAGAGACAGAGUAAAGAUGCAGUGGUGACAUAGCCGGUAAUACUGAUGUUUGAAUAGUUGAUUUUAGCGUCCUGCCAAGUGUAAUAAGACAAGUCAUACAUAUAUUAAGAGAGAAUGUAAAGAGAGGUAAGUUCUUUUAAAAAUAAACCAUCUUUU